GAAGUCACUGUCAUUUCAUUUGUAUUGUUAAUCGCUAUUUUGAGGUUAUUCUUUGAAUAAAACACUGAAAAUGCCUUUUAUGAAAGGUAGAGCACCUAUUAGACGAACAUUAAAUUAUCUUAACGCUGGAAAACUGGUAUUUAAAGACAAGAUAAAAAUAUUCUCUGUUGGAUAUAAUAUUCAUGGCCAAAAUAAUACAGGUGCGAAGGAGUUCGUUUUCUGGUAUUUACCACAAAUCCAAUAUAAAAAUCCCGAUGUUCAAGUGGCUACGUUCAAAAACUUAACGCCCUCACCAUUUAUUAAGUGUUAUUUCGAAGAUGGACGACGGAUUUUGGUUGAUAUAGACAACAAGACUAAGGAAGACAUUUUAGAACAUUUAAUGAACACUGUUGGGAAGUCGAAAGAGGUCUUGGAAGCGGAGGCCAUAGCUGCUGAAAAAAAGGAUAACCCAGCUAAUUUUGGUAUAGGUUGUGAAAGACCGUGUAUCUGUGAAGUGUAUGGCCAAGUUCCAUGCCCUGGAGUUGUGCCGUUACCAAAAAUUUUCCGCGGGAAAUAUAAAAAUCAAACGGAUUAACUGUGUGAAAUUUAGUCAUUAAGUUAAAGCUUUUAGGUAUGUAAAUAAAAUAAAUAUAGUUUAUAUCAAAAUGAUUUUAA